UCAUCGCAUCGCCUCUGCCUUGAUUGAAUAAAAUUUUGUCAUGUAAUAAUUUGAUUAUAUAAAUUAUAAAUUUGUGAAUCAUCAUUUUCAUGCAUUUAGCUAGAAAUAUUCUAAAAUCAUUACUUAUCAAUCGAUAAAAAAUUCAUCAUUCUAGUUUGGUAAAUCACUUCUGAUAAUGAGAAUUUUCCCUUCUUCAUCGCCAUUCGAUUCAGAUGUUGAAAAAGUGACUCCUGAAGAAGACAAAGGUGACGAUUGGGCUAAAAUAUUGGACAUAUGUGAUAAAGUUGGCCAGAAUCACGGUAAUGCCAAAGACUGUCUGAAAUCGAUCGUAAAACGAUUGAAUAAUCCUAAUCCUCACGUCGUACUGAAAGCUAUCACGUUGCUGGACGCUUGUGUGAAGAAUUGUGCCAAAGUUUUCCUAUUGGAAGUAGCAUCGAGGGAUUUCGAAACCGAAUACAGGAAGUUACUAAAAAAGUACUCGCAAACUCAACCUAAGAUCGCUGAUAGGUUGAAAUUAAUGCUGAAAAAGUGGGCAGAAAAUGAUUUUAAAUCUGAUUCUCAACUAAGUUUAAUACCGUCGGUUUACGCAAAGUUGAAACAAGAAGGCGUUGAUUUUCCGACUAAUCAAGAAAUGAAGAGCGCUACUUCUCAAAUGCCAAAAGAUCCAAAUGCGGUUACUUCUCAACAAGAGGUCGACGAUAUAGCUAAAGCUAUUGAAUUAAGUCUUCAAGAAACUAGCAACAAAUCGAGCGGUCAAAGUAGUCUUUAUCCUACAGCGAACACAUUAUCGUCUAGUUUUUCAAAUCGUACUUUCACAAAUAGCGCGUUAAAACCGUCUAAACAAAAAGUUCGAGCUUUAUACGAUUUCGAAGCUGCUGAAGAUAACGAAUUGACUUUCUACGCCGGAGAAAUAAUUGAAGUUUUAGAUGAUUCCGAUAAAAAUUGGUGGAAAGGGGUGAAUAAAAGAGGAGAAGGAUUAUUCCCUGCUAAUUUCGUCACAUCCGAUUUAUCUUCGUCGUCUGAAACGAAUUCCGAAAGUGAAAGUAACGAUGUCACGGUCAGAAAAGCUCGAGUUCAUUUCAGUGAUACAGUCGCCACCAGCUCAGGGCAUGAUUUUAAACGAGAAGAAGCUGUUAUUAACGAACAAAAAAUCGACAGAUUGUUGCAUUUAUUGCACGAGGCUAAUCCUACUGAUGAAAGCGCCGAUACCGAAGAAAUGCUUGUUCUAGAAGAAGAAGUAAACGCCAUGGGUCCAUUAAUCGACGCAGAAUUGGAAAAAGUCGACCGGAAACAUGCUCAGUUAACGCAGCUUAGUUCGAAUUUAGUCGACGCGCUUAAUUUAUACCAUUCCUUGAUGCGAGAACCAUUUCAUACUUUACCUUCGGCAGUUAAAGGUCCUUACAUGAUGCAGCCUAUGCCUGUACAUGGUGUACCGCAUCCGCAUCAAAUGAUGUACAACGGCGGUAUGAACGGCCCACCGUAUUCGAUGCCUCCUAAUGCGAUGUUAAAUGAUCAUUUUCCGCCACCUAAUACUCUACCUUCUGCUUCCAACAUGCCUCCUGGUUCCGUUCAUCAACCUCCUCCUCAUCUUUUCGCUCCAAUUCAGUCGGAUGGUAAUUUCCAUCAUCAGAACAUGAUGCCAAAUCCUGGACCGCCUAACCAUCCAUAUCAGAGUAUGCCUCCUAACAUGGUUCCACUUCAAUAUCAAAUGCCACCCGGGUCGAUUCCUCAGCAACAGAUGCCUCCUCCGAAUAUGUACCAACAUCAACAAAUGCCACAUUCGGUACCUUCGCACGAUACGUCAACAUCUAAUCUACAAAAUCAUUGAUAUGUUUAGUGAUAUUUGUACAUUGUUUUAUAAUUAUGACCAUGUUGUGUACACGAGCAUUAUGUCAAAGUUUAAAUGAAAAAAAUCGAUGUAUAUUUUAAUUAUUAGACAAUUUAUCGCUAAAUUAUUCGUCUCGCGUAUAUUUUCUUUCCCUCUUUGUAGCCCAACUUUUUUUCUUUUUUUGUAUAAUUCUGUACUCGCUUCGAGGUAUUUUUUAUUCCCCUUACGCUACGUUACGUUUAUUUGAAUAGCUUUCGAAAGCUCAGUUUAUGAUUUCGUGUAAUUUUUCUGCGCGUAUUUUUCAAUUUUUUUUAUUCAUUUUUAAUUCCGCAGUAAGUAAGGUAUGCUUCAUAGUAGAAGGUCAAAGUCCGAAUGUGUUUUCGGUUGUGAUUGUCUUUCAUGUAAACGAUUGUGCUUUUUUAAAUAUAUUCCUAUAAUGUUGAAGUUGAUGUAGCUUGUUCAGCACCGAUGAUAAUGAUGUCGUUGAUUACUGUAACCAAACAGGCAUAGAUGUAUUUUUCGUCAUAUUACCGAUAUUGUUUAUUAUGUUAUUUUACCUAUGAUUAUUUUUUAUCUAUCUACAUGUAUAUUCACCCAUUAUUAUCUAAAGUGUAAUAUGAUUUAAAAUAUAUCAAUUCAUGUUUGAGUAA